AUGGCAUACGAGCUCUAUGAGCCUGAAAAUGGCGUGUCAGCACAGGGAUCGCCUAUUGUCUUCGUGCAUGGUCUCUUUGGCUCCAAGAGAAAUCACAGGAGCAUAAGUAAGCAGCUCGUCCGCGACUUGAAGCGACCAAUCUACGCAGUUGAUACACGAAAUCAUGGCGAUUCAUCCCACGACCCUCGACACGAUUAUGUCGCAUUGGCAGAAGAUCUCGAACUCUUCCUCCGAGAGAACAAGAUCAAAGACAGCUGCUUGAUUGGCCACUCCAUGGGCGCAAAGACAGUGAUGACAGUAGCACUGCGGAAACAGGUCCAGAUCGGAUCGCUCAUACCAGUGGACAACGCUCCGGUCGACGCUGCGCUGAAGUCGGAUUUUGCAAAGUACAUCGUGGGCAUGCGGAAGAUUGAGGAGUCAAAGGUCAAGUCAUUGAAAGAUGCGGACAAGAUUCUAUCAGAAUACGAGGAGAGUCUGCCUAUCAGACAGUUCUUGCUCACGAAUCUGAUGCGGGAUGAGGAAGGACACCAGAAAUUCAAGGUACCUCUCAAGUAUCUGACGCCUUCACUGAAUGGACUAGGAGACUUCCCAUUCCACGAUCCUGAUGAGGCGAGGUGGGAAGGUCCGACCUUGAUUGUGAGAGGAACACAAAGUCAUUACGUUGCGGACGAUAUGCUUCCAGUGUGCGGAAGAUUCUUCCCCAAUUUUGAGCUGGCGAGCAUAAAUUGCGGGCAUUGGGUCAUCAGCGAGAAGCCUGAGGAGUUUAGACAAGGUCUGUCAGAGCAUUUCACUUGCCAUGCCAUGGUUUGA